GAUAUAUGAUUGACCUUUCCCCUUCUUCCUUUUUUUUGGGUUGAUUCGUAAUAGUUUUUAUGUUGGCUUGGAUCGAAGAAAGGCGAGAGGAUCAUGACGACAACAGAUCGAUCGACCGGUGUUGAAGUUGGAGGCGAUCAUUUUGGUCAUGAUGAUUAUGAUCUUGACAUCUACGAUAUUAUGGCCGAUUAUGCCGGAUAUCUUUCGUUUAAUGAGUCUGAUUUGGAUGAUGAUUAUGACCCGACUGAUAGUGGAAUCCCUAAGGAAGAAGAAAAGGAAUCCGCUUCUGCUCCUGUAACCCCAACGGAGGAGCCCAAGAAGAUUACUGCUCUACAAUCUUCGGCAGCAGAGAAGAAGGAGAAAAGCAUGAAUGAUGAUCUAAGUGGACCUGAUGAUGGAUUGCCUUCCAAUCCUAAGAUUAUAUGUGCUGCUGAUGAUGAAUGAUGUUACCAUGGAUGAGCCUGUGGAUCAAAGUUAUCUUUCUUCUUGAAGAUGUAGGAGAAGCAGAACGAUCAGAAGACUUACUGAUGUAGUAGCAACUUUGGGAUGGCCUUAUGGAUCUUAACUUGUGCCUGUGAAUGUAUUAAGACUUUCAAUUGGUACAUAUGUCUACUUUGUUUUUGGAGUGUUUUUGUCUUAGAGAGGAUAGCAUUGCCUACUUCAUACCUUUCUGUACUUAUGUUUGUGAUCUCUUGUUGCAUUUAAUGUGCUAGAAUUUAUGUACGGGAGCUAUAUCUUUUCACUUGGGAGUAUUGCUCAAGAGGUUUUACUGUUAUAUU